ACGAAAACAGGAAGCGUUUGGUCUUUGUCUGUCGAUGCGAGAACUGUAUGGAAUUGAAAUUCACAACAUGGGAAGUUAAGCAGACGCCACUCUUGUUUUACACGUUUCAGUCAACUUUGACGUUUUGCUCCGACCGGAGAAUUUGUUGGAAUUUGAGGCAGCCUGGUUUGUGCCGAGAGGUACGUUGAUGUUGUUCAACCUCGCAUGUUUUAGGGUUAUUCCAAAUCCACACUCGGCUCGGCUCGGCUCGGCUCGGCUCGGCAUCCAACGGAUUCAUCCGAACUCGAUGGUCGGAGAUCGCCAUGGGCUCGGCGGUGGAGCGAACAGAUGAACACGUGAGGGGAUAUCUGCUUUAUCGUGGCUUCACCAACACCCUCAAACACCUGGACGGCGAGAUCAAAGCCGACAAGGAGAAAGGCUUCCGGGUGGAUAAGAUCAUUGAUCAGCUGCUGCAGUUCGUCCAGAGUUUUGAACUGUCUGCUCUGAAGGACUACUGGCUCUACUUGGACAGGCGCCUUUUCUGCAGACUGGAGGAUGUUUACCGACCCACUGUGAACAAACUCAGAGCUAGCCUGUACAGAUACUACGUUGUAAACACCGUCCAGAGAGGAAACUUGGAGAAGACCCAGGAGUUUUUCCAGAAGCAGGCUACGGAGCUGCAGGGUCAGCCCGAGUGGCGGGAUUGGUUCCUCUUGCCGUUUAUCCCUGCACCUGAGCAGAACCCGGCUUUCGCUCCGUACUUCUCCCGGCAGUGGUCCGACACCUUCCUGGUCUCGCUGCACAACUUCCUUUCUGUGCUCUUUCAGUGUAUGCCCCAACCAGUGCUGCUGAGUUUUGAUGCUGAAGUCCAGAAGACAACGAGCCUCACUGAGGAGAAUGAGCAGCUUCGUCAGCUGCUUUUCGCCCUGCAAACAGAAAGUCGAGACCAGAGCGACGGAGACGAGGUGGUCCAUCACAAGCUCCCCCCGUAUGUCCAGAACAUGGACCGACUGGGAGAUACCGAGCUUGACUUAGUGUCAAGCCAGCGGGCUGUCAGUGUUGCCACCACACCAUCCAGGAACUUCUUCUCAACAUUCCUACCACAAGGUCGGCGCACCCCUGGAGGGAAAACGCAGCAGGUGACCUCUGUGUCUUCACCCGGCCAGGCGGCAGUUGGCAGAAAGGACCAACCGACUAGUCAGUCUUCCAAGUCAAAAGAUGCAGCCCAGGUCAAAGAAGCUAAACAAGGCUCCAGUCAAAUAUCAGCCGGCGAACCGUCAAGUGCUCAAUCCCAACAUGGCAACCAGCAGACAAAUCAACCGACACAUUUGCGACAUAAGAAAAUCCAGGCUCAUGAAAAGGAGCGCAAGGAGCUUUUCUCCAAACCAUCGUCACAGUUACAAGAGAAAAAGGGGGAGGUAGGAGACGUGGAACCUCCAAAUGAGACCUCGGCCGAAGCUCCCGACUCUUCCUCCUCAAGCAGCAGGAGCGCAGGCAGAGGAGCAGAAGGAGUCGGGCUAUCGGCAGAGCAGCCAUUUAUCAAGCUCAGUCAGGAGGAGUAUGGAGAACAUCAUUCCUCCAUCAUGCACUGCAGGGUCGAUUGCUCGGGUCGCAGAGUUGCCAGUUUGGAUGUAGAUGGUGUUAUUAAGGUGUGGUCCUUCAAUCCCAUCAUGCAGACCAAAGCCACCAUCAUGUCCAAGUCUCCUCUGCUUUCCCUAGAGUGGGCCACCAAACCUGACAGAUUGUUGUUACUAGGCAGCGGUGUUGGCACAGUGCGGUUGUAUGAUACAGAAGCUAAGAAGAAUCUUUACGAGAUGAACAUUGACGAAACCCAUCCACGCAUCUUGUCUUUGGCCUGCAGUCCCAGCGGUUCAUCCUUCGUCUGUUCAGCUGCGGCCGCCGAGCCAACGCAGGUGUCUGGACAGCUGCUGCUCUGGGACACCAAGACGGUGAAGCAGCAGCUCAGGUUCUCUUUAGAACCGGAACCAGUAGCCAUUAACUGCACGGCUUUCAACCACAAUGGGAACUUGCUGGUAACCGGAGCCGCGGAUGGAGUCAUCAGACUCUUUGACAUGCAGCAGUAUGAGAGCGCCAUGAGCUGGAGGGCACAUGACGGAGAGGUUUACAGUGUCGAGUUCAGCUAUGACGAAAACACCGUCUUCAGCAUCGGAGAAGACGGCAAGUUCAUCCAAUGGAACAUUCAUCGAUGCGGAGUAAAGCAGUCGGAGCAGGUUUUACCUCAAGACGCCACCGGGCCUUUUGUCCUGUCGGGGUACAGCGGAUAUAAACAGGUCCAGGUUCCCCGGGGUCGCCUCUUCACCUUUGACUCGGAAGGACAACACGUCCUGACUUGUUCGAGCUCUGGCGGCAUCAUUUGCAAAUUGACAAAUGGAGAACCUGCUCUGGAGAGCGUGCUGUCCCUGGGCGGACACAAAGCUCCAGUGGUGACAGUUGACUGGUGCUCGGCGCUGGACUGCGGUACCUGCCUGACCGCCUCCAUGGACGGAAAGAUCAAACUGAGCACGCUCCUUGCACAGAAGUCCUGAGUCGAACCCCGACUUUCAUUUGAGGGACUUAAUAGAGUUCGUGCAGAGAUUAUUCCGGAAUCUGAUGUCAGUGUAAGCAGUUUCAUGAUGCAAUUCAAACCUGUUUUGACAUUCAUGUCAGUACAGUAUUAAAGUCCACACUUUUUUUUUUUUUUUUUACAGACCUGAAAGUGUUUUCCUUUUUAUGUAGAAAAGCACUGUGGACAUUUGGCAGUUUUUUUUUUUUUUUUGUAGUUUACUAUUUUGAAAGUACUUAUCCUGUAACAUUACACGUGUUCCGAAUAUUUCUGCAAUGCAAAAAAAACCAGAAGGCUUCAUGUCAAAUCAAAAAUUCGAAAUUUGAAGAGAGAGAGAAACGGCGAGUUUCAUGUUAUAUCGUUUCAUUGGGUCAUUUCUGUAAAUCCACACAUUUACAGUACAUCAAUAAAUGUAACGGAAGGUGCCAUCGUGAGUUGCAUAUUUGCCCCGAAGGUCUGAGGUUUGGGCUUUGAAUCUAGACCACCAAACAUACAAUUUCAUCGGUGAAGUAUGGUGGCGGUCGUGUCAUGGGGUGGGCAUGUAUGGCUGUCAAAGGGACUGGCUGCCUUGUAUUUUGUAUUUUUUUUGGGGGGGGGGAUUCUGUGACUGCUGACACAAGCAGCAGGAUAAAUUCGGAAGUGUUUCUGGCAGAAUGAUCUGCUCAGAUUUAGCCAAAUGCUUCAGAACUAGAAUUAGGAUUUGAAUACUGUGAACUGUGUAAACAUAAACAAAUAAAUACUUGGAAUUGUUUAAA